AUGUUAAAUGAAAAGCAGCAGAUGCAGAGUCUGAAUGACAGACUGGCCACCUAUCUCGAUAAGGUGCGCACCCUUGAAGCAACCAACAAGGACCUGGAGAACAAGCUCAAGAAUUUCCGCACGAGCAAAGUGGUCAGCAGGGAUUUCACCUUGUACCAGGAGCAGCUGCAGCCCCUCCGUGACCAGAUAUCUGCUGCCAUCAUUGAGAAUUCUCGCCUGGCCCUGAAGAUUGGUAAUGCUCAGCUGGCUGCUGAUGACUUCAGAAAAAAAUAUGAGACCGAGUACCUCAUUCGCCAGACAGUGGAGGCUGACAUCCUCAACCUGAAGAGUCUGAAGGAAGAAUACGAUUCUCACCAAACCAGCAACAAUCAGGAAGUUGAAGCCCUGAAAAAAGAGAUUGAAGAAAUGACAAAACAGCAUGGAAAGAGUGUGAGUAUCCUGAAAGAAGAGAUGUCCGGCACCGUGAGUGUGGACGUCACCACCACUGAAAGCCCAGAUCUGAAACAGAUUUUAGAUGACUUACGUGCAGAGUAUGAAGACAUCGUUCGUAGUAACAAGCAGGAGCUUGAGAUGUGGUUCAACAAGCAGGUGGAAACUAAGCAAGCUGCAGCCAUCCAGGAAACAGACGUCAGUGAAAGUUCAAAGAUAGAAGUGACGGAGCUUCACCAUCAGCACCAGAGCCUACAGACAGAGAUGGACACCUUGCUGGUCUCUAAAGGCGCCUUGGAGGAUAACCUGGCAGCAGUGAAUGGCCGCUAUCAGAUGGAGCUUCACCGUUACGCUGCCUUGGUGGGCACCAUGGAGGGGGAGUUGGUGAGCAUUCGGAACAGCAUAACCUCCCAGUCUGAGGACUACAGGAGCCUUCUGAACAUCAAAGAGAAACUGGAGAAGGAGAUCGCCAUGUACAGGCAGCUGCUGGAAGGAGUGGAGCUGGGCGCUGGUGGAGCCUCGUCUGCCGUCAGUGGCAGUGUUACACAAACCACAGUGGUUACCAAAGAGGUGAAGACAGAAGUCAAGGAAUAACACAAUGGAGACCUCAACCCCAUCAUCAGAGAGAAGAUGAGGCUCAGCGGGUGACUUCUUGGACCUUUAAAACAAUUGCAAUGCAGACAGAAAGAGAAGCGUCUUCACUUGGCUUGGGUUUUUAGAUCCUACUUGGUUUGGGGAAUUUUCUUGGCUCUUGUGCUACUUGGGAAGGCAAUGCUUGAAUCCUGUGUGACAAUAAAGAAUUAUGCAGCAUAUAA